UGUGUGUGUGUGUGUGUGUGUGUGUGUGUGUGUGUGUCCUUCCUCCCUCCCGUAGGUCACGUGGGACCCUCCAGUCAUUGCCAAUGGAGAGAUUGAGCACUAUGAGAUCCGCAUGCCAGACCCCCGCGUCGUCUCCACCAACAUGUCCGUCCUGAGCUACACGCUCACCAACCUGGUGCCCUUCACCGCCUACAGUGUCACCAUCUUGGCCUGCUCCUCCGGGGGUGGCUACGUCGGGGGCUGCACAGAGAGCUUGCCCACCGCUGUGACUACACUACCCACAAUCCCGCAGGGUCUGGGCCCCCUGUCCAUAGUGGCGGUCAGCGAGUCUUUCCUAGCGGUCUCCUGGCAGGCCCCCAGCAGGCCAAACGGGCCAAACAUAAGAUUUGAGCUGUUGAGACGGAAAGCACAGGAGCCCCUGGCCUCCCAUCCCCCCGAAGAUUUGAAUCUCUGGUACAAUGUUUACGCAGGAGCCAAAUUGUUUCACCAAGAUAAAGGCCUUAGCAGGUUCACCCAGUACCAGUACAAGCUGCUGGUGCACAAUGACGUGGGCUAUUCCUCUGGAGAGAUCGCCACGGCGACCACGCUGGCCGGGGUGCCACGCAGACCCAGCUCCGUCUCCUUCCUGUCCGUCAGUCACACCUCCAUACUGCUCAACUGGACCACGCCCUCGCUGGAGGACCUGCAGGGUGAGGUGGUGUCCUACUCCCUGUGGGUGAACUCCAGCCAGGGCAUCCAGACCCACAUCUUCGGCCCCGGGGUCACCUCCGCCCUCGUCACACACCUGCAGCCCAGCACAGAGUACAGCCUCGCCCUGCAGGUGUUCAACGGGGCGCACAACGCCACCAGCGACCAGCUCACCUGCACCACAGAAGACGGCGAACCUGAGGGGGUGUUUCCUCCAGAGGUCGUGACCCUGAACAGCACUGCAGUGCGGGUCCUUUGGGCCGAGCCUUUGGUCCCCAACGGGGCGAUCACACAGUACGCCGUCUACGUGGACGGCCAGCUGCGCGGGACUGUCGGGAGCAGCACGGGGUCCCUGGAGCUGGGCGACCUGCUGCCGUUCACCGUCUACGACAUCCAGGUGGAGGUGUGCACUGUGUACGCGUGUGUGCGGAGCAACGCCACGCGGGUGACCACCGUGGAGGACCUGCCCGCUGACAUCACCGCGCCACACAUCCAGGUGCUCGGGUCAAGGUCUGUGCGUGUGGAGUGGAGCUCCCCCGGCCAGCCCAAUGGCAUCCUGCUGGGGUAUGCGGUGCGGCGCCGAGCCCUAAGGCCAUGUGAGGAGCUGCGGGUCCAGACGACCCUCAGGCCCGCUGGACGCUGCUCCCUGCUGCGCUGCCCCAAACCCCAGCGCAUCUGUGGCGUCGCCUGCUACCAGCCCCAGGAGCAGGUGUGUUGCGGAGGGACGGUUCACACGCGUGACUCCUGGCACCAGUGCUGCGGCGAGCGCUACCUCCCGCUGCGUAACGGCUCCGAGGGCGUGUGCUGCGGUGGCCAGCUGCUUCAGCCCCUCGCCCAACACCAGUGCUGUGGCAGGUACUACGUCCACACACCCCCAGGGGAUGUGUGCUGCCCUAACCCGGAGCAGAUGCGUGUGUCUGUGGGCCUGGGGGACGCGUGCUGUGGGGGGAACCCCUUCCGGCCCGCCGCGGGGCAGGUCUGCUGUGGGGGGGUCCUCCUUGACGGCUUCCAGGCGCAGUGCUGCGGAGGACAGGUGAUCAGCCAGCACCUGGUGUGCUGUGGGGACGCCCAGAGAGGAACUGCACACACACCUGUGCCAGACAUGUCUUGCUGUGGUGAGCUCUACACAAACUCCAGUGAGACGCUGUGUUGUGGCGGAGCUGGCCUGGAGGCCCGGGCCCAUCGCCUAGGCAACGGCACCGUGAGCAGGAAGUGCUGCGGGUCAGAGGUCAUCAGACAGGAAGAAGAGUGCUGCAACGGGCUGGGAUACGACCCCAAGAAGUACAUCUGUGCUGACAGAGCCUCACCCGAUACACACAUACAGGAGCAGUGUAGACCCAGUACUCUGUGCCCCCUCUCCUCCAUCUCCGGGGCCUACUGUGGCCUGUGUGAUUUCAACCCCGCUGUGGCUGUCUGUACACGGGUACCCGGCGUGCCCAGCGUGCCCGAGCCCCUGCCCUCGCCCCUGCCCGCGCCCCCCAGUGCCAGCCUGCCCUCUGCAGAAGGAGACCCGGGCCUCUGUGGCUCGUCAGAGGAUGGCAUCUACUCGGGCACGGCCAACAGAUACACCUUCACAGAUUCAGACCUGGAGCCCCACACCACCUACGAGUACUGGGUGGGGGCCUGGAACCGCUUCGGCCGGGGGUUCAGCCCUCACACACGGGUCACCACCAGAGAGGACGCCCCCUGGGGGGUCCCCGCCCCCCGCUGGAGCAAGAUCGAAAACCGCGAUGACAUCCUCCAGCUGGACUGGGCGGCGCCCGUCCAACCCAAUGGUGAGAUCCGGUACUAUGUGGUCCUCCGUGAUGGGCAGGAGCGUUACCGUGGUAGCGAAUCCAGUUUCACGGAUGUGGGAGGCAUCCAGCCAUACCAGGAAUACGAGUACCAGCUACGAGCUUGUACUACUGCCGGAUGCACAGACAGCAAGAAGGUAGUGGCCGUGACUGUCCAGGGAGUGCCGGAGACGGUGGCGGCCCCCGUGGUGAGCGCCCUGGGCCCCCGGGAGCUGCUGCUGAGCUGGGUGCCUCCGGCCAGGCCCAACGGCAUCGUCCGCGAGUACCGCAUCAAUCAGAGCGGAGCGGGACGGCUGCUGCACCACAGCCACGCGGGAGAGGGGGAGCUGCUGCUGCAGCACACUGUCACAGGUCUACAGCCUCACACUGACUACAGUUUUGUGUUGGAGGCCUGCACCUCAGCCGGCUGCAGAGCAAGCCAGCCCUCUACGGGUCGUACACUGCAGGACGCACCGGCGGGUGUGUGGGCGCACCCUCGGCACGUGCUGGUGAGCUGCUGGGUGGUGGAGCUGUACUGGACUGCCCCUCUGGAGCCCCGGGGCCUGCUCUCAGGCUACCAGCUGCUGCGCGACUCCGCCCCGCUCUUCUCCGGAGAACGCCCAGACCUCAACUACACAGACGCUGGCCUGCAGCCUAACACCAGGUACGUGUACGAGCUGGAGGCCAGCACGGCCGGAGGCACCAGCCGCAGUGACAGAUACGUGAUUCAGACCCCCGUUUCGUCCCCCGAGAGGAUCCCGCCCCCCUAUAAUGUCAUUGUCAGCGGCCCCCGCUCCGUCUUUGUCGCCUGGACACCCCCAGGGAAGUACAACACCAGUGCCCCUGUGGAGUACAACGUGCUGCUGAACCCCGGCAGCCUAGAUGCCCUGCUCAAGCCAGCGGGGCGGGGGCAGUUCCUGCACCUCACCAGCCUGCUGCCUUCACCCGCUACCACAUCCGCAUACAGGCCUGCCAGCCAGAUGGCUGUGGGGUGGGGAAGGGGGUCUACACUCAGACGCUCGAGGCCCCCCCCGAGGCUAUGGACCCGCCCGUUGUCAAGGCAGCGGGGCCAACUGUCAUAGAGGUGCACUGGAAACCCCCCCGACAGCCCAAUGGGGUCAUCACCGCAUACUUCAUUCACAGGUGAGCCUUUCAACGUUCAUACACAUGUGAGUUUUAGCAUACUUCAUUCACGGGUUAGUCCUACUCUACAUGCUACAUUAGUGAGUACUACAUAUACAUAUGUGAACCUUUGUAUACUUCAUACAUAUAU